AUGCGGAGUCUCCCCUGGAAGCGGUGCUGGCGCGUAUCCUUACCUGAAGAGAACAUGCCGCAUAUCCGCUUCCGCUCGUCCGACGACGAGGAGGACUUCCUUCGCGACUCCGCUCGACAACGUCGUGGCGCUUCCCAACAGGCCCAGCCCGACAACAACCGGCAAUCUCGUGGCCCUGUCCAGCAGGCCCAGCCCGAGUAUUUGGAUCGACCCUUCUUCCAAAGCAAUGCUUCUAGAGGUGUCCACCCUCCAAUACUCCGUUCUUUCGGUUUCCUAGCCACUUGA